AUGUGUCCAACUCAAAGCACAAUCUUUUUAACCGCAGAAGAGACGGAGCGUAUACGAAAUACGUUUAAAAGUCGACUGCAAAGAUGUAAAGAUCUUGCAGGCCAGCCACGAGUUUCUGGAGAUUCAAAGGCGAGUAUGAGUCAAGUGGCAGCCGUGUCCUUCAUGGCAGAUAUCACCACCACGCAGAGACAGGACAACAUUGUAGCUUUUGCCGUCGGGUCUCCUCGCGUUCUCUCUGUUCGUCGAGUAGCUCCUGUGGUUAAAGUCGUGGCAUUUUCAUGGACUGUUGUGCAGGAUCCUUUUGGGGAAACGGAACGCUUGGAGAUCUCGCUGCAUAAGUUGAGAUAUGGGGAUGAUGUCUUGGAGUCGGGGUCUGUUUUUGAGAUCAAAGAGCCUUACUUUACCCUCAGCGAUGAGGGGCAUCCUACACUUCGAGUUGAUCAUCCGUCGGACAUCAUGCAGUCGUCUUCUGCCUUUGUAACACCCCAGGAUAUUGAAGCGUCCACAACCAAAACAGCCCAGAUGUACAAGGAGGAAGGAAACGCAGCUCUCAAGAAUCAAGAGCUUCCACGUGCCCAUGCAAACUAUACCCAAGGUCUGCAUCUCGUUACAACAGAUGGUAGUGCACAGGAAGACUUCGCAUACGAUCUUUUCCGGAACCGCGCCCAUGUAAAUCUCGCCCUGCAUCGUUUCGACGCGGCAAAGACAGACGCACUUGCGUCUCUCACCGGCCGCGAAGACAAGAAAGCUCUCGAUAGCAAAGCUUAUUUCCGGGCCGGAUGCGCAGCACAUGGAAUGGGCGAAUUCCAUGAAGCAAGACGCUAUUUCCAGGAACAGCAACGGCUUGCUCCUUAUGACAAGCUCGCCGCAGCUAGUGUGAAGGAAAUGGAAUCGCGUCUCCGCGAACAAGCGACUGGUGCAUACAGCUUCAAGAAGAUCAAGGCCAGCCUCCUAAAUGGUCGUCCACGUGUUGCCGCAGCAGACUUUACCAGUAAUGUCGGGAUUGGAGAGAGCUGUAGAGGGCGUGGCUUGUUCGCGAAGCAGCGCAUGGAUCCGGGUGAAAUUAUCAUGGUUGAGAAGGCAUUUUGCGUGGUGUUGGGAAACGAAGAAAAGGCUUUAACAGCUAUGACAUACGAUGUUCGCGACGACAGAAUCAGGGUCACCCCCGCCGGUCUAUGCAGAGCCAUUGCGCAAAAGCUUCAGGACAACCCGUCGCUGGUUGAAAAAGUCACGGACCUCUAUAGCGACUAUCCAGGAUUGGGCAAGCAGCUCAUCAUCAGAGACGCCCGCCCAGUUAUCGAUAUCUUCCAAAUCCACGACAUUGUGGCCCGGAACGCUUUUGCCAUUGGACCCGCGUACCCUGACGAUCAUCGUGGCAAACAUGCGGAGAAUAAUAAUAUGCAUGAGAGUACGGGACUUUGGAUCACGGCUUCGUACCUGAAUCACUCGUGUGUCCCGAAUGGGAAAAGAGAGAUGUUGGGCGAUCUCAUGGUACUGCGAGCUACGCAGCCAAUCAACGCACGUGAGGAAAUCACGCAUAGCUAUGACGGGUCCAGUGAUAUCGAAGCAAGGUCUGCAGCAUUGCUGAAAACCUGGGGGUUUGCAUGUAGCUGCGCGCUCUGCGUUGUGGAAAGAGCAGAGACGCCGGCUGUGCGAAAGAAACGACAGCAGCUGGAAAAUGAAGCCAGUGCUUUUAUAGAGAGAAAUGAUGUGAUUGGGGCCAAGAGGAUUUCUAUUGUGAAAGCGAGGCGUCUUGCUCGAGCUAUCGAUGAUACUUAUAAUGAGGGAUAUAAGGGCCUGCCUCGUUCGGCUUGUCAAGGUAUUCAGGAUUGGCUCGCGGAAGCUACGAUUAGGUAA